AUGGAACGGCCAAAGACGCCACCACGGGCAACCCAGUCUGCACCCGUUGUGUCUCCUCCCACACCAGCAGUGACUCGCAGGAUUCAUGAACAUGAACAAGCUCGUCUGGCAUCCGGUGCGCCCGGAUCGACAAGACUCCCUCCGGCUUCAUCGCCACCGAUAACGUCCACAUCCAACACGCGCAAACGCACACAUGCGAUAUAUCGUCGUCAUCCUCCUCCUCUAAGGUCACGCCCCGACACGGUCCGCGACGCCAGGCAAAAUCCGAGCGUCGAUGCGGCGCCCAAGUCGCUGCGGCCGGCACGCAACUUUACAAAGUUUGUCGACUACGACAUGUCCGCCAUGACGGACACGCGAGGCGGCUUCCUCUCCCUCGACGACGACCCGUCGAACCCGGCGCUCGCGCCCCGUCAGAAGCCCGGCCAGCCGCCCCCGCCCGAGAGGCCGCAGGGCAUGACGGCCGGCGAGUGGGAAGCGCCUGCAGACGCUGCGCCGCGCUGCAGCGCACAAGGCGGGGCCGUUCGAGCCGUCGCUCUUCGGUGCUCCGCGAUGCGUCGGUGCGCGCGGCGCAAAAGUGCCGCGAGACCGCCACGCCCACCGCUACUCGCUCCUCACAAGACGGAGUGCCGCGAGGACUACCUCCUCACCGAGGGCGAGCUGCGCGACGCCGACCUGCUGCCGCACCUCAACAAGCCGAACCCGCACAAGAGCCACUGGCACGACAUGAUGCUGUUCCUGCGCUGCCAGGUCGAGGACUAUGCCUUCAACACAAAGUGGGGCAGCGAGGAGAAGCUCGACGCCGAGUUUGCGCGCCGCGAGGACGAAAAGCGCGCGCGGAAGGAGAAGAAGUUCAAGGAGAAGCUGACGGACCUCAAGAGGAAGACGAGGACCGAGGCGUUCCGGAGGCAGGCCGCCAAGGGGGCCGCCGGCGGUCCGACUAAGUUUGGUGAUGCCGUGUCGGGCGGCAAGGUGUGCAUGAGUGGGGCCGCACGGUGA